AAAACAUUUAAGGAAUUAUGACAUUAAUCCUAGCAAAACUGCAAUGCAAGGCGAAUUAGAUAGAGAAGAAGAGGUUGUCGUCGGAGAUGGAGUUCCAUGUCCUCCGACGGAAGAAGCUUCAGAGUUAGCUGGCGGAGCACAAUCUUCUCCCGUAGCUAAAGGUCGAGCUUCACGACGGCGUCGAAAACGAAAAAGAGUCAGACAUGAAGAAGAGGAGGAUGAAGAGCCUGAAAUGGUGCAUGAGCCUGACCUCGAAGAUGACUGCGCCGUGUAUGGUGAUGAAGACUGUGAUGCUAUUGAUGAUGCAGUUGGCGGUGGAGAUAACGAUGUUGUUGAUGAUGCAGUUGAUGGUGGGGACAACGAUGAUAAUGGUGGUUUAGCUGUGGAAGAGAAUGUUAACAUGGAAGAAGAUUUUCCCGAAGCUUUAAGAGGAGACGAAGGUGGUACUGAUUCUGACAGUGGGGAUGAUAUCUGGGAGGAUGAGAAGAUUCCAGAUCCUUUGUCAUCGGACGACGAAGAUGAAGACAGAGCCGAAGAAGAGGGAAAUCAAAGUGAAGAAGAGGAUCCAGAGGUGUUGCUAGCUCUGGCGAAAACUUUCAACACUCCUGAUGACUUCAAGCUUGCUCUUUUGAGAUACUCCUUAAAGACAAGGUAUGACAUUAAACUUUAUAGGUCUGAAGCUUUGAUAGUUGCUGCUAAGUGUUGCUAUGUUGGUGAUGAUGGUAUUCCUUGUGGUUGGAGAGUCUAUUGUUCUUAUGAGAAAAGAAAACAUAAGAUGCAAAUAAGAGCCUAUGACAGUGAGCAUAUCUGUGUUAGGUCAGGCUAUUCUAAGAUGUUGAAGCGGUCCUCAAUUGCAUUAUUGUUUGAGGAAAGGCUGAGAUGUGCUAAGGCGAAGACCAAAGUGCUGAGAGCAAGACAUGCUAGUCAUGAUGAUCACUUUUCAAGAAUAUGGGAUUAUCAAGCUGAGGUUUUAAAGCAGAAUCCAGGGACAGAGUUUGAGAUAGAGACAGUUCCAGGGCCUGUUAUUGGAAGCAAGCAGAGGUUUUAUCGGUUAUAUAUAUGUUUUAAUUCUCAAAAGGAUUCUUGGAAGCAAACUUGUAGACCUGUGAUAGGAAUCGAUAGAGCCUAUCUGAAAUGGGAUAUAAAGGGUCAUCUUCUUGCUGCUGUUGGAAGGGAUGGCGAUAAUAGGAUUGUUCCUAUAGCUUGGGCAGUUGUAGAGAUAGAAAACGAUGAUAAUUGGGACUGGUUUAUGAGACACCUCUCUGCUAGCUUGGGGCUCUGUGAAAUGCAACAUCUAGCUAUCAUCUCAGAUAAACAAUCGAGUCUAUUCAAAGCUAUCCAUACCAUACUCCCAGAAGCUGAGCAUCGACAAUGUUCAAAGCAUAUAAUGGACAACUGGAAGAGGGACAGCCAUGAUAUAGAACUAACACGUCUCUUUUGGAAGAUUAGCCGCAGUUACACCAUAGAAGAGUUCAACAAUCAUAUGGAAGAGCUUAGGAAGUACAAUCCUCAAGCUCAUGCAAGUCUGCAGCUUACUAGUCCAAUGACAUGGUCAAGAGCCUUCUUUAGAAUAGGGACUUGCUGCAAUGACAACCUCAAUAAUCUGAGUGAGUCUUUUAAUAGGACUAUUAGACAGGCUAGGAGAAAGCCUUUGCUAGAAGACAUCCGGAGGCAAUGCAUGGUCAGAACUGCAAAGAGGAAGUGGCAGAUGGUGGGGAUCCCUUGUAUUCAUGCGGCAUCUGUGAUAAUAGGCAAAAGAGAGAAGGUUGAAGACUAUGUCAGCGAGUAUUAUACAAAGGCGCCAGAAGUGCUUGCAACAUUUCCUAGUCAAGCUCAUCCUGGAUCACAAGGACAAGUGCAAGGCUCACAAGGAACACACACGGCUCUUGGCUCACAACAAGGAUCACAACCUCAUUUUGCAUCACAAGGAUUACAAGCUACAUCAGGUCAUCAAUCACACGAUGCACAAGCUCAUCAAACGCAUGGAGCAGAGUCACAAGGUCAACCAGAAGGACAGGGGCUUAGUAGAUUUGCAUCAUGGUUUCAGUGUUCCAAUUGAUGAAGAUUUUCUGAAGUUUUUUUUGUUUCUGAACAAAACCUUUCUAUUGGAGUAUUUUGGUCUGUUUGAACCUAACUUCUUGUUGUUUGGUUCUUCUAUGACUUGUAUUGUUCUUUUUGUUUAGUUGUAUGAAUGGUUGUUGGUCUUUCUGACAUAACUCUUAU